GAUGAUAGUGAAAAGAUGAGGAUUUCCUGCUCUGGUUCUGCUGGUUGGUUUCCUGAAGAAAAAAGACAUGAAUGCCCUCUUGGUUCAUCCUCACCGACAGAGCUGGCUGCUGCCGUGUUGAGCCUCUGUACCUCCUGCCUCUGGUGCUGUAGGGGCUGUCCUUGCUGCCUCUCGGUUGUACUUGAAGAGCUGCAUCAUGUGCUGUUAGAGACACAAGCAAGCAGAGCAGCUGCUACAGGCACGGUGAGGAGAGGCCAUGCUGGACCUCAUCAUUUUGACCCUCCAUAUCCUCAUCUGCUUUCUCAUCUUCCUUGUGAUCUGGCAUGGACCCAAGGAUGUGGGAUUGUGCAGCUCAAGCACAGCAACAUCUGAAAAAGAGCCAGAUAGUCUGAUAUUAAUUGGCAAAGAAGAUGACAUAAAGAAGUCUGGAAGAGCAACAGCCAAAGUUGAUGGCAGAGAAGUUGUUGUUUUCUACCACAAUGGGAAAUUUCAUGCUCUGGACUCUCGCUGCUACCAUGAAGGAGGCCCUUUACCUCUUGGAGAAAUAGAGGAUAUCGAUGGCCAAGCAUGCAUUGUUUGUCCUUGGCAUAAGUUUAAAAUCACUCUGGAAACAGGAGAAGGUCUAUAUGAAGGAAUAAACCCUUUGGAGCCAUCACCAACACCAGUAUGGCAAUCAAAAGGAGUCAAACAGAGAGUCCACCAAGUCACAGUGGUCAAUGGCAAGAUUUAUGUGAGUCCUCCAGACCUGUCUGUCAGCUUUGACUCAGAUUAUUUUGCUGACAAGUAUAAAAACAGUGGUGAUGUAGCUGUGGAAAAACAGAGCCUCUCACCACCAGCAGAGCCAAGUCAUGACUAGAAAGCAGGAUCCCAGUGGAUGCCUCAAAGAAGAACCAUGUGUUGAAGUCACCGUGGGCAUGAAGGUUGUCUCCAGACUAAACUCUGGCCUUGAAGUUACAUCAAAACAUUUGGACAGGUGGAACCGAGAGAGCAAAGCAGCUCUGUACUGGCAGAGGUGUGACCCUGUGCCAGUGGUUUUGGGGUUUGCACUGGCAUUGCCAAAAGGCUUAUUUACAGCAGAGUGCUUGGUGACAUUUGGUACCUUAGAAACCCUAUUUUGCUAGAAAUGUCUUGAUUUUUAGAAGGGGAUAUAGUACAUUACUGCUUACGAAACACAGGACAUAGUUUAAGGUGAAUAGUCAGCUGUAAAGGUUAUGUUUAUCUACUAAACAGUUUAUAUGUACAGUGCCUCUGGCAUAAAUGACACAAGAAUUUUAGGCUUUUUAGGUAUUUGAUCAAUCUCUGGGUGUUUAUUGAGUGCCACAAAGAGAAGUGCCAAAACUUGAGUGGAUUUUAGUGUGAUUUUUGCAUAACAAUACCCUAAAUCCGUACAAGUAUUUGUGUUCCUUCUCCUUACUGAGCUCCUUCAGGUAGGUCAGCAGCUAAUGUGACAAGGAGUUGUCAUUGAUCCUUUGCUCUUCCUGAUGCUGGUGGGUGUGAAAACCAAAAAGGAAGAAGCUGGUAGGGAUAAAAAACAUGAUUCAUGAUGUGGUGGCUCUUGUUUGCAUUCCUUUGUUGUAAAUCCUACUGAAGCAGUGUGCUUUCUGUUCAGAGCCACAAGUCCAGCUCCUCUGCCUGCGUUCACUCUGUGGUAUCAGAUAUUCCUCCAUAAUCACCAGUGCUGGCUCAGGAGCAGGAUGGGGCUAUGGGACAUGGUGGGUUCUUUUGCCCAGCCCUCAAGAUGUGAAGUGCAGAGAUACUAUGUGUACACUGAGCACUCUCUUGCAUGGCUGCAGUUCCUUGGGGUGUGUUUUGGGCUGAUUUAUUGGCUUUUUUUUUUUUGCAAAGUCUGGUCAUGUGGUUUGAGUUGGAAGGAACCCUCAAAGGUUAACCACCUGUCAAGGCAAGGGAUCCAACCAGAGCUUCUGGCAGCGCAGCACCAGGCACCUGACAUUUCCCUCCCAUGACUGAGGUUCUGCACACGACCAGGCAAAGAUGCUGCUGGGAAGGCAGACUGAUGGACUAUUGACAGAGCCACCAGAGUGCAACCAAAGCUGCCAGGUUACUGCUGGCUCAGGAGGGUAAACUGCAUAGAAUCAUAGAACGGAUUGGGUUGGAAGGGACCUUCAGGACUGGCUCCAACCCCCUGCCAUGGACAGGGACACCUCCCACCAGCCCAGCUUGCUCAAACCCUCAUCCAACCUGGCCUUCAACACCUCCAGGGAGGAGACAUCCACAGCCUUCCUGGGCAGCCUGUGCCAGUGUCUCCACACUCUCACUCUCAACAAUUUCAUCCUCCUUUCCAGACUCGAUCUCCCCUCUCCCAGCUCAAAGACGUUGUCCCUCAUUCUGGCACUCCCAGACCUUAUCCCAAGUCUCUCUCCCGCUCUCCUGGAACCCUUUCACAGCUACUGCAAGGCUGCUCUAAGGUCUUCUGGAGUCUUCUCCAGGCUCAGCAGCCCAGCUUUCCCAGUCUGUCCCCACAGGGGAGGUUCUCCAGCCCUUUGAUCACCUUUGUGGUCUCCUCUGGACCCUCUGCAGCAGUUCCAGGUCCUUCUUGUGCUGGGGGCACCAGAGAUGCUGUAUUGUGCUGCAGAUGGGGUCUCAGCAAAGCAGAGCACAUUCAGUCUGAAGCCACCUGGUCUCCUGUGCAUGCAGUGUGCUGCUUUCUUUUCAGUACCCAUGAAAGGUAAUGAGGGCUGUGUCAACACCACUGGUCAGAAAUGUGUUUACAAGCAGUGAGGUGCAGAGAGGUGUCAGAAGGAACCAUCUGUGCUUUACUGGCCAGGUGGAGCAGGCAGAGUCACAAGCAAUUAAUUUCAGCAGGUUCGACUCUACAUGGCCACUUCUGAUUGUGCCUCAUUACAUUAGCAUGAGGUUCUUGACAAGGAGAAGUGGCACCUUCAAGGUGCUGUUCAUGAGACCUGUUUGGGUUUUGUACUUCAGACACACACAGCACAGAAGUCUCUCCCUUUCUCCUUCUCCUUCCUCGCAGGUCACACCUGAAUCACCUGCUAGGGCCUGCACUGACCACAGCUGAGUGUGUUUGGGUUUGUUUUUCACAGGAACAGACAAGCCCCUUCUCAGGAAGGUGAAGCAGGCUGGGAGGUGAUGGAGAGGAAGCUCCAGCGGGGCUGGACCAUGCACCCUGUCAGGUGCACAGGAGGAUAGAGAACUGGAAACCUUCUCCCCUUCCCUCUCUCCUCACCCACCCCACUGUGACCAAGCUGAACCAGGACUGUCUUGUGCUGUUGGAUGAUCCAUCAGAUCAAAGCCUUCCAAAGCACCUGCACUGACUCGUGUGGCUUCUUAGAUGGCAUUUUUAUGUUUUGGUAGUUUGUUUUUUUGGUUGCUGGUUGGUUUUUUUUUUUCCUCUUUAAAAGUUCUGCAGUGAUAGAAAUUGAAUUAUUUGAAUUAAUUUGAAUUAAUUAAGUUUGGUUUAAUAAACUACAAUUAUGAGCCA